AUUCUCGCUCCACGUGAUAUGACUUGUUUAUGCUUCAUACACCUCUUGCCGCCAUGUCGUAUGUGACGAAACUUUAUAGGGAAUUUGAUAUCUAAACGCUCGGGAACCUUGCGGGACAUACGAUGUUCUCUUAACAAAUUAAGUGCGAACUUUGUUUUAUUAACUUCAAUUCGGCUCAACAGGAGAAUGCCUGAGAGGGUUUAAUGAGACGUGUAAAGGGAAUAAAGCUCAGAGGUUCAUGGAGGUUUUGAGUCGUGGCUAAUGAGUAAAAUUGCCUAUUUGUGGCAGGAGUUCGGUCGGCAGAUAGUUAGGGCGUUGUUGGCGGAGGAAAAAUGACUGAGAUGGAAUUCAAUGCAUUAUUGUUGUUGUCAUUAUCAUUUUUAAUAGUAAAACAUCCAGUGUGGCCAUUUAAAGAUUGUGUCCAGGGCAAAAGAAGCUGUUGUUUCUCGCUGGAGAGGCUGAGGCUGGCUGGGUGACAGGUUCAUGUGUGGAGGAUAUGACCAAGAAUGAUAACAAGAUACAAUCGUUCAUAUCAGUCGACAUUGAUAAUUAUCACGAUACAUGUCACAUUCUUAUUUUUGUGAAGUUUAAAGACUCACUCUUGCUCCUGAGUGAAGGUUGUGUUUUUUUUUUUUUUUAAAUCUCAAAACAUUCUACAACUCUGAGUUGGAUCAAUAAUGUGUAAAUCCUCCUCACAGUGUCUGCACAGUGCUCAGUCAUUGUAUCUAUGUAUUGUGUAGAACAGAGGACAAGAUGGUGAACACCCCUUGUGUGUUUGAAGGUCUUCCGCACUAACUUGAUGUCAAAGUUCCCAGCCCCCAGCAGAUCUCAGGGAUCACCUGCGGAUAUGAGGGACCCCCAGCGUAUGUCAGGGUCAUAUCGUCAGCUGGGCUCCUUGGUGUCAUGUGAUGUUUGGGCCUUUUAAUCACAAGCCAUCCUGAACUAGUGAAGGCUGGUCAGGGCGUGGGGCCCAGUUGGGGUCUUUCCUCCUGAUCUGGAGCGAUGCCGGGUCAACAUGGCAGCUUGAAGUCCAGAAAGAGGAAGAGCAGCUCUGAGGUCAAAUGCCACGGGAAGGUGUCUGCUUCCAGGAGGAGGUGUAGGAAAAGCUCAAAGACACACUCUGCAGCAGCGAGCAGCUCCUCAGUCAGUGGUCACAGCAAAGCAGUCGGCAGCCCGAGUAGUCCCUCUCACAUCAGCUGUGAGUGCCACCAGUCCCCUGGCAGGAGGAGAUGCUCAGCGUCUCCAGAGCUCGAGGGACAGGAGGGCAAAGAGAACGAGCUGAGGACGGGGCUGGACGUGGACGGCUGCAGACUGAACAGCACCCAGGAGAAACAGGAGCGCGAGGAGAUGGAUUAUGAAGAAACCGGCAAAGACCUCUUCCCCGAUGACGACAGCAACCAGAUUCUGCCUGUAGAGCAGUUCUUUGGAAACCUGGAUAUUGUACAGGACUUUCCUGAAGUAUCGUCAGCCACUUCUGCCUCCGUCCAGAGGAAGCACAGGAGGCGACAUUACUACGCCCGAGAAGACAGUGAUGAAGAGGAGGUGGACUGCAGCAGGAAGACCGAGGAAGCAUUGAGUGAUGAGUGACAGCACUGCUGACUUAAUGAAGUUAUGUCUGACGAGGGACAUUAAACCUCUCGGCACUAAAGAAAAAGAUGCCAAAUGACACUUAAUAUGGGCGGAUUCAGCCCCAGCCUGCUUCCAUCACCGUGUGCUAUAGUGAUGUGUAACAGCUCAAAAAGUUCAACAUCACACAACCAGUGUUUACUGGUAAUUCUGACUGGUAAACAGUUUCAGGGGCACUUGAUGGUAAAUUUCGAAAAGUCCGUCCACAUGCACAAGAAAUGCCAAGUUGUUUUCUAACCAGAAAAUUUGGGCUGAUUCCUGAAAAUUUAAUUUUCAGCACAACAGAGUAGCACUUGUUCCACUUAUUGCUCAAUUUGGGCUCCCACCCCCCGGGUCAGUUGUAUCUGGACUUUACCUGGAGGGUGUGUUGACAGGGUUUUAUUUAUAGAAAUCUGUCCGCACAAUGUAAUUUAUGAAGACCUUUUUGUUUUAGAUUAACGUUGAGAAAGAAAGUACAGUGCUGACUUAAAAAGACCACAUUUUACUCACAAAUCUACAAAUGACAAGGUAUAAAAUACAAAAUGCAAAAGUCACAGGAAAAGAUUUCACACUGUAUGAAUGUGAUGAGGAAAGAAGGAACACACACAAAAGUACAGCUUCAAAAUUACAUCAUUUAAUAUCAUAUAUUCACUUUUGACAUUGAAUGUUACAUGAGUAGUUUUCUGCAGAGAACUCAUUGUUCACCAAGUGUCUCAUGAUCCUCCUUAAUUCAUCUUCAUGUGCUCAGUAAUUUGUGGCAGCUUAUUAAGACAAUUGCAUCAGUAUGUGUCAGUCGAUGCAGCUAAUAAUUUAAACUGACAUGCUUUCUGUUUGGUUCACAUUUGUAUAAAUAACUAAAUUAUGUAAAUGUUUAAAAGAAAAAUAUGAUUUAAAAUGUUUGAGGUUUCUGAUACAAAGUCAUCAGUUUUGUACCACAACUGAAACUCUACCUUGAAAAUGCCAUGUAGCCCUUCAAAUGAGAGGUUUACAGUAAAGAGUUGUCUGUUACAAAUUUUGUAUAUACCUGAUUGUUCUGACUGCCCAAGAAAAUGUAUAUAUAUUUUUACAGCCCUAUUUAUGCUAAAUGCUUUUCAUAUUCUUCUAUGCAACUUUUUUGACUUAACGAAUGCCUUGUACAGUAGAGUGCGAAUACCCUGACGGGUUCUGACAAAUUAUGUUUGGGUCGGUUCAUGUUGGCUGGGCUGUCAUCUUGAUUCUUUACCACUGCACAUGUCUGUACUCAGGUAUAACAUCGAGCUCGGGUCGGGUUCAGACACACUAAACAGGGUUCAGACAGAAAAUCAGCACUCUAUUGUACAGUGAGCUGCCAUUGUAAUCAGUUCAUGCAUUGUGCCAACACAAAGAUCAAAUAAAUGUUUUUCAUGAUUUCAA